AUGGAUUUGUUCGGGGUUUUUUCAGAGCCGGUUGAAUCUCGCGAACCAAGUGAGCGUCCAGACAACUCGAAAGAAAAAAAGAAGACUGAUGAAAAGCGUGAAAACUCGCCUGCUCGCAAAAAAGUGCGCACAUCUGCCCCGAGAAUGCCUGUCGUCACUGAUGCAGUUGAGGUUGAGGCCGAACAGACUGCUCCUGGUGAAGAAUCUAGCGGUGGUCCACUCAAGAUUGCUCAUCAAGUCCGACACGAGGUAGCGUUGCCACCUAAUUAUGACUAUAUUCCAAUUUCAGAGCACAAAUCUGUGGACCCGGCAAGAACAUACCCUUUCACCCUGGAUCCUUUCCAGGCGAUGUCGAUCUCUGCUAUUGAAAGAAACGAAUCUGUACUUGUUUCUGCCCAUACGUCUGCUGGUAAGACUGUUGUAGCUGAGUAUGCUAUUGCUCAAAGUCUACGUGCUAAACAACGUGUGAUCUAUACCUCUCCCAUCAAGGCUCUUUCAAAUCAAAAAUACCGUGAGCUUCUUGCGGAGUUUGGCGAUGUUGGUUUGAUGACUGGUGAUGUCACUAUUAACCCUGAUGCGUCCUGUUUGGUUAUGACUACCGAAAUUUUACGCAGCAUGCUGUACCGUGGCUCUGAGGUCAUGCGGGAGGUCGCUUGGGUCGUCUUUGACGAAAUCCACUACAUGCGCGAUAAAGAGCGAGGUGUGGUGUGGGAAGAGACAAUCAUUCUCCUGCCAGACAAUGUUCGCUACGUUUUCUUGUCUGCUACAAUUCCGAACGCUAUGGAGUUUGCCGAGUGGGUUUGCAAAAUCCACACUCAGCCUUGUCACGUCGUGUACACAAAUUUCCGCCCCACCCCUCUGCAGCAUUAUUUAUUCCCCGAGGGAGGCACUGGUAUUCAUCUGGUAAUGGACGAGAAGGGUCAAUUCCGGGAGGAAAACUUCCAGAAAGCCAUGGGCACAUUGGUAGAUCGUGCCGGUGACGAGAAUGGUCAAGUUUCUAAAACUAAAAACGGCAAAACCUACAAAGGUGGCAAAAAAGAUGUGCCUGAUAUCUACAAGAUCAUCAAGAUGAUUAUGAUGAAAAACUAUAAUCCUGUCAUUGUGUUCUCCUUUUCCAAAAGAGAAUGUGAGUCGCUGGCCCUCAAAAUGGCCAAAUUGGAUUUUAACAAUAGUGAUGAGCAUGACAUGGUCGAAAAGGUCUUCACCAAUGCCAUAGGCCAGCUUACUCCAGCUGAUCAAGAGUUGCAACAAAUCAAAACGAUCUACCCUCUUCUUCGAAGGGGUAUUGGUGUUCACCACUCUGGGCUGCUCCCGAUUCUUAAAGAGGUUAUCGAGCUUUUAUUCCAAGAGGGCCUGCUUAAAGUUCUUUUUGCCACUGAAACGUUCAGUAUCGGUCUCAAUAUGCCAGCAAAGACGGUUGUCUUUACCUCCGUGCGAAAAUUCGAUGGAAAGGAAAUGCGAUGGGUCUCUGGUGGUGAGUACAUUCAGAUGUCUGGACGUGCUGGACGUCGUGGUUUGGACGACAGAGGUAUCGUCAUCAUGAUGAUCAACGAGCAGAUGGAACCUGCUGUCGCUAAAGGUAUGGUCAAGGGCGUUGCCGAUAGAUUGGACUCGGCCUUCCAUUUGGGUUAUAAUAUGAUUCUCAACUUGCUACGAGUCGAGGGCAUUUCGCCCGAGUUUAUGCUGGAACGUUGUUUCUACCAAUUCCAGAAUGCCGCUAAAGUGCCUCAGCUGGAGGACGAGUUACGUGAAAAAGAAGAGGCCUUUACCACCACCAAGAUCGAGGAUGAAGAUGCCAUUGCAGACUAUUACGACGUGAAACAGAAGAUCAGCGAGUAUGGUAAUGACAUUUCCAAAGUCAUUUCGCAUCCCGGCAACUCGCUGCAAUUCUUGCAACCUGGUCGUCUGAUCAAGGUGCGUGUCGCCAUUCCAGACAAAAAGCCACUCGAGUUUAACUGGGGCGUUGUGACAGCUGUUAACAAACGCAAGCAACCGACACACAGCAAAGUUGAGUAUGCAGACCAUGACAAGUAUAUUGUGGACGUUCUUGUGGAAGUUGUUUCGACAACACCCGUGCAUUUAGUACGCAAGAACGACCCGAAUCUCGUUCCUGGUGUUCGCGCUGCUAAUGAAGGCGAAGAAUCAAAGGCUGAGAUUCUUCCAAUCACCCUCGGAUCGGUCCAGGAGAUUGCAAACCUGCGCACGUACUUGCCCACAGAUUUGGCAGCUCCCAAGCAACGCGCUACUGUUUAUAAGGCCGUUGAGCAAAUCAAAAAACGUUUCCAUGACGGAAUUCCUCUGCUAGAUCCUGUCGCCAAUAUGAAAAUUAAAGACGAGAACUUUUUGCAACUAGUUCGCAAGGUGGAAGUGCUUGAGUCCAAGCUGGCAACGAACCCACUUGUGAACUCGCCUAGACUAUCCGACCUGUACGAGCAGUAUACUGCAAAGGUUAAUCUUGGUGAAGAAGCCAAUGCCCUUCGCCAGCAAAUUAAGGACGCACAGGCUAUUUUGCAAAUGGAUGAGUUGAAGAACCGCAAGCGUGUUUUGCGGAAGCUUGGAUUCACUACCCCCAACGACAUUGUCGAUCUUAAAGGACGUGUUGCUUGUGAGAUCUCUACUGGCGAUGAGCUUCUGCUCACUGAACUGAUUUUCAACGGCACUUUUUCGAAGUUAACACCAGAGCAGUGUGCGGCACUACUUUCUUGCUUUGUCUUUGACGAAAAAGUCAACGACGACGGGGGUGUCUUGCAUCCUGAGCUUAAGGAACCUUUUAGGGGGUUGCAGCAAAUGGCCCGACAAAUCGCCAAGGUUAGUGCAGAGUGUAAGAUGGCGAUCGUUGAAAACGAAUAUGUCGAGAGCUUCAAACCCCAGCUAAUGGAUGUUGUUUUCCAAUGGGCCAAGGGCUGCACCUUUGCCCAAAUUUGCAAGAUGACGACUGUCUUUGAGGGCUCACUUAUUCGUAUAUUCCGUCGUCUUGAGGAACUGUUACGUCAAAUGGCGGUGGCUGCCAAAACUAUUGGUAAUGACGAGCUUGCCGGCAAAAUGGACAAAGCACUGGAGCUCAUUAAGCGUGACCUGGUGUCUGCAGCGAGUCUGUACUUGUAA